AUGAAAAGCAAAACAAGUAUUUUACUGGCUAUCAACUCGUUUUGUGAAAUUUUACAUCAAAUUGGGCAUAUUUUCUUUUUGAUUUUUACAAUAAAAGGCAUAAACUUUGUACCAGCAAUUGUGGCAUUUAAAUAUCAGGCUAUACCAAUCUUUGGUGCUUUUGCAUCUAUUUUUAUGUUUGGGUCAUUAAGUUUGGAUAGAACUCUUGCUGUUGCUUUUCCAAUAGUGUAA